AUGGCCUCAGAACCCAAGAAGCAAUAUUGCAUCGGUUCCGAGGGGUUUGAACCUUCUGCUGUUGCCGCCAAUGAUACCUUGCAGGCUCAGGUCGAUGAGCUUCUGAAAAAUGAUGACCUUCUUGGUGCCUGUCGCACGUUAUUUAAGCUCCCAGACAAUGAUGACUACGUAUAUCAUGCCAGUGCAAGUGUAAGUCUUGCUCGCGUGCAACAUAUCGUACAGCUCGGGGGCGUCAAUGGGCUGCACAACUGGUAUAAAACAACCGACGAAACUCCCGCAAACAUAGACGCCUAUGUAUCAGUUUUUAAUCCUAAGACUGCAACUCUUUCCGCCCUGAAAAACUUCAAGACGAACGCCAAGAAGGACUCUAUCCGGGCAGAGUGCGCCACCUACCUCACCGAGAGGAGAUACAUACACCCGGCUCUCGAAACGAAACUAACGAUACCCAAAGUGAAGUCUUCACCAAUCUUCAACCCAUACUUUCAAUUCUGGGAAUGGUCUUGUCGCUCAUUAGAGUGGUGCGGUCCAUGUGCAUAUUCCGAGAGAGUAACCACAAGCCACCAUGUACUACCCAUUUUCAUGCAUCAUUUCGGAUGUGUGACACCCUCGCAUGAGAGCCUUCAGAUGCUCAGGAUAUUGGCAGAUGGCCGUGAUAUCGCAGACAUGGGUUCCGGGAGUGGUUACUGGAGCUACAUGUUGAGAGCGUACGGCCUGAAAUCACACCCAAUAGACAACAUGCAAAGUGCAUGGAGAGUGUCCUGGGUCGACGACACGGUGAUAGGAGACGGUGUCAAGUGGCUCAAGAGACACGAAAAUGGCAAGAAAAUGGUUCUCCUAAUUGUCUACCCUGUCGUUGGAGGCGGCAUCGGCGGCGGCAUACAGGGCGCGUUUACCGAGAACCUGGUUAAUGCAUAUGGUGGUGACACCAUAGCUGUGGUUGGCACGCAGAACAGAAAUGGAUACACCGGUUUCAAGGACCUGACUAUGGCCGAAUACAUGGAGAGAGAACAGCCGCUCUGGACAAGGACUGUCCAGAUAUCACUCCCGAGCUUCGGCGGCAAAGACGAAGCGUUAUUUGUUUUCCAGAGAGGCGAGCGUGCUGCAAGUUUGGGGCAGAACCCGACCGAUAUUUAG